AAACGCAGUCCUCUCAGCUCCCGGACCGGAGGGAACGUGUAGUAGCGAGUGUGCUGAGGACCGAGGAAGCAGCAAAGGGAGCCAGCAGUGCCCGUUAGAGCAGGAGCCAUGCUGCGCCGGGGCCUAGUGGCUGGGCCAGACUUUGAGGGUUUCCAGCGUCGUUAUUUCACGCCAGCGGAGGUGGCUGAACAUAACAAGCCUGAAGAUCUUUGGGUGUCUUACCUGGAUUCCGUGUACGAUCUAACGCCGCUGGCACAGGAGUACAAGGGGAACUUGCUGCUGAAACCCAUCAUGGAAGUUGCAGGCCAGGACAUCAGCCACUGGUUUGAUCCAAAGACCAGAGACAUUCGCAAGCACAUAGAUCCGCUGACUGGUUGCCUGAGGUACCGCAUUCCGCGGGGCCGCUUCGUGCAUGUCCCGCCACAGCUGCCUCGUUCCGACUGGGCCAAUGAUUUCGGAAAGCCCUGGUGGAAGGGGUCGAAUUACGAGGUGGGGCGGCUGUCUGCUAAAACUCGAAACAUCCGCAUCAUUAACACGCUCACAUCGCAGGAGCACACACUGGAGGUGGGGGCUCUGGAGUCAAUGUGGGAAAUCCUACACCGCUAUCUCCCCUAUAAUGCACAUGCUGCCAGCUAUACGUGGAAGUAUGAAGGGAAGAACCUGAACAUGGAUUAUACCCUGGAAGAGAAUGGGAUCCGGGAUGAGGAGGAAGAAUUUGACUAUCUCAAUAUGGACAGUGCACUCCAUAUACCUGCAAUACUGCUCUAUUUCAAUGAUGACCUCACAGAGCUAUAGGAAAG